ACAUUUCCCCAAUUCAUUCAAACCUCAAAAGACGCACAUUUUCAAGGCGAGAGAGGAAAGAGAAAAAGCCCCAAUCGCACAAACAACAUUCCACCAUUUCUCCUCCUUCAACAACAACAACAACAACAACAAACAAUCAUCAAUCAAACCCAGAAAACCCAGAAAAAAUGGUGAAGGAAUUAAGCUCAGAUCAAGUAAGCUCCAUGAAAGAAGCAUUCACCCUCUUCGACACAGACAACGAUGGCAAAAUCGCCCCUUCUGAGCUGGGAAUUCUCAUGCGUUCUCUUGGUGGAAACCCAACACAAGCCCAGCUCAAACAAAUCAUUUCCCAGGAGAAAUUAACAACAUCAUUUGAUUUCAACAGGUUCUUAGAUCUCAUGUCUAAAUACCUAAAACCUGAACCCUUUGACCGUCAAUUAAGGGAUGCUUUCAAAGUGUUGGACAAGGAGGGGACUGGGUUUGUUGCUGUUUCCGAUCUAAGGCAUAUUCUUACUAGUAUUGGUGAGAAGCUUGAGCCUGCUGAGUUUGAUGAGUGGAUUCGUGAGGUUGAGGUUGGAUCUGAUGGAAGAAUCAAGUACGAGGAUUUCAUUGCUAGGAUGGUUGCCAAAUGAGGUGACCUUUGGAAUUUCUCUGGUUUUUGUUUUGCAGAAAAGGGAUGGCAAGCCUAUAUUAUCCUUCCCUUUGCGUGGUUCUUGAACUCGUUUUAAGUAGUGUGUGCAACCUCUAGCUAUCUUUCUCCUCUAAACAGUUAAAAUUUGUUAAAUUCACCUUAGUUUAUUUCUGAUUUUCUGCAUUCCUUUAUAUUGUUCAGUUAAGGUUUGUGUUUUGCUGGCAAAUUGUGCUUGUAUUUGGAAGAAUCGCGAUUUGUCUCAAAUUAUCAAUUGAUGACCUUUUUAAGCA